AUGCGCCGAUGGAGCGCCGCGGCCCGCACGGGGCGCCGCUGGGCGUCGCGCCGUGCCGGUGCGCGUCCCUCUGUCGUGCACGAGCUGCAGCGCUUGCGUGAGAUGAUGCGCGAGGCUGCCAUGACGCCGUCGCUUCGCGGGAAGGAGGCCGUCGUGCGCGCGUACCCUGAUCUCGAGCCGCUCCUGCGCGCCGUGUACGCCGACGGCCACCUGUUCCACAUGACGUCCACGACCCUGGCGCGCUUCCGCGCGGAUCGUCCGGCGUCAGCGCCUGUGCCCGUGCCGCCGUCGGUUGCUGCGCUCCUGCAGCAGCUCGGCGCGCGUACGCUGCGGGGCCACGCGGCCAAGCAGCUCGUGCACACGUUCCUCGAGCACCACGGCGUCGAUGCACAGCACGCGCGCGAAGAGCGCGAGCCGCUUACUGUGCUUGACGUGUUCUACCGAUGCCUCGACCGCCACCUCGGCAUCGGCCUCUCGGCGCUCUCUGUGCAGCGCGCGCUCGGCGUGCCGGGCGCACCGCCCAGCCUGCAUGCGGCUCCGUCGACCGACGCAUGGCUCGCGCGGCUGCGCGCGCAGGGGCAUGUCGCGCCCCUGCCGAUGCCCGUGGCGCUGGCGCGCCCGCAUGCCCAGCUGCCCCUCCCACCGACGCGCACGGCGUGGUACGCGAGCCGCAAGCUCGAUGGCGUGCGGUGCCUCUUUGUGGCGGACACCGACGCGCACGGCCGCCUCUCGCACGUGUAUGCGCUCUCGCGCCAUGGGCGCACGUUCCGCAUGCUCGAUCCAUUCGCAGCACAGCUGCGCGCGGAGCUCGACGCGUGUCCUCUUGUCCCGCGGGACGGCCCAUGGCUCCUCGACGGCGAGCUCUGCGUGUGGUCCGCCGACGGACAGGAGAGCUUUGUGCGUGCGGCCUCGCUCGUGAUGCGGCAGGCGCCCGGCGGAUCCGCGCUCGUGUACCACCCGUUCGACAUGCUGACCCUGCGCGAGUUCCUCACAUGGCGCCAGGCCCCGACACGCACGCUCUCCGAGCGCCUGCGUGCCCUGUCGGAGCUCACCGCGUGGCUCCACACGCACCGCCCUGCGACGCGGGUGCGUGCGCUGCCGCAGACGCGCGUCGACUCGCCGGCGGCCCUGGACGACCUGCGGCGCGAGGCGGCGGCGUGGGAGGGCCUCGUGGUGCGCGACGACCAGCCGUACGAGGGCCGCCGCUCGCACGCCAUGCUCAAGGUGUGUGCGCGGCAGGAAGCCGAGUUUGUCGUCGAGGACGUCGAGAUCUCGACGAUGCGCCUGCCGAUGGAGGGCGUGUACGCGGACCGGCGGGCCGUCGCGAGCGUCGUCGUGCGCUACCGCGGCCGACGCGUCGCUGUGGGCUCGGGCCUGCGGCCCAGCGAGCGCGUGUACUGGGCCGCGCAUCCCGACGACCUGCGGGGCCGCACCGUGACGAUCGCGUAUGCGACCGAGGCGGCCAACCUCGAGGGGCAUGCGCCGAGCCUGCGCUUCCCCGUGCUCAAGUAUGUCUACGGCAGGGCAGGGCGCCCGUUCUAA